AUGGAUAUCAUCCAUCUUCCACAUGAUCUAUUUCUACUCAUCAUCGCUCAUCUCUGCCCCCGAGAUGCCAUCUGCUGCCGGGGGGUGUCGCGCAAGUGGCGGCACGCCUUCACCAACAGUGAGCUCUCGCUGACGCUGCUCCGAUGGCAUUUCCCACGGUGCCGCGAGCUGCGACUAGCCGCCUCAGCCGCAAGCUUCAGGGCCGCCGCCGCUGCCGGAGAGCUUGGGGUCCCGACGACGGAUGAGCUCGACGUGGAGCUACAGCUCGAGCUCGAGAGGGCCGCCGGCGGGGACCGCGACUGGGCGCCCGUCUUUGCCGAGGUGGCCCGCCGAUACCACCACCUCCGGACGGCGACGCCGGCCGCGACGGAGAGGAUCGACAUCCAGAAGAGCCAGUGGCGGUUCUUCGGCGUCGGCACGUGGAAUCGCUACCUGCGCCUGGACGACAAGACGGCGCCGUUCCACUACGCCGACCCGCGGUGGGCGUAUAGCCAGGAGGACGGCGUCCUGGUGUAUCAGUCGGUGCCGCCGCCCGAGGACGACAAGCUGCCGGGCGAUGGGAUCAUGGCUACGGGAGGGAGGCGGCCGCGGAAUGAUGCGGCUGCUGCUACGCAUGGCUACAUCAAUGAUACGGAUAUGACAGAUCGAUUCUUCAGCGCGCAUACAUCUACCCAUUACGCUCUAUAUGUCUGGCAGCCGAACAGAUCUCCGUGGGGCGAAGAUGACCCGAUAGAGCUGCUUACGAUUUGGGACAUCUCUUCGCCAUCGUCAUACAAGCCGUCUGAGGAUCCUUCCGGGAGACAGAGACCAGACGAUCUCAUCCUCAAUAUUAGUCUAUCAGGCAUCCACCCUCAACCAGCACCAGUCCCAGCAAACAGCACCAAAGACGCAGGCUGUGGGCCACGCCUUAUACGGAGGAUGACAUGGCGGGACCUCGAGUUUUACGGCAUUCGACAGCGCACGACGCCAAAGCUGCGCGGGCUAAGCCUAGAUUAUCACAAUGUAUACAUCGUGGAGGAAGAACACCGCUGGGCCCAGGGCCAGCACAGCAGCCUAAGCCCACCACGUGUGCACCAGGUCAAGAGCACGGCGAUCCCCGUCAUUCCGGGUCCGCCGCGUGGUGUCACGGAGCGCUCUAGUCCGCCCAGCCCCGACAAGACCGAGUUUGCCCCGGAGCAGGAGGACGACGACGCCGAGGAGCCGGCAACGCGUCUCCACCCGCUAUCCCAGGCCCAGCGCGCCCCAGCAGCGACAGACUCGGACGACGGCGCAACCGCGACUUCGAGCCUGUCUGCUGCGAGCGUGGCUGGUUCAGCUCACAGCAACCACAUCAAUGGCGUGCACCACCGCCCGCUGCCGCCGCCCGUCGAGGGCCCGCGCUGGGUCGACGAGUGCGGCGCCGACGGCGACGUCAACAUGUCGUUCUGCUGGCGCGCGCAGGUGCUGAGCACGGCACGCACACCCGACGGCAUGGCCGCGACCGCGAUCCCCCUCGUCCGCGAGCAGAGCCUCUGGAGCCGCAGCCGCGGCGCCCAGCGGGCAAGGGCAAGCGUCGAGACGGAGAGCGCCGUGCGCGCGUCGCCCUCCCGCUGGCCGGGCUGGGCGCCCUGCUGGCGCCACGAGGACUUCCCCUACCUGACGGUGUCGGAGAUGGUGGACUUUGGCGCCGGCGUGCGCGUGACGGCGCGCCACUGCUUCAUGCUGGAGACGCUGAGCGUGCACGUCCGCCCGGCGAUCUGCGUCAAGGGCGUCGUGGGCGGCGGCGAGGGUGAGGGCGAUGAUGAUGACGACGACAACGACAACGACGGCGGCGAGGAGAUCUCGGCGAACCCGGUGGAGAGGCUGGCGAAGCUCCGGGGGAGGAUGAUGGCUCAGCUGCACAGAAGUCGAGCAUCCGGCAGCGCGCCGGCAGAUCAAGACGGACGAGAUAAGCGGCCACUGGGCAAGGGAGGUCCGCGCGGCCAGGAGGUGCAGUUCGCGGACGAGAUGUGGGAUGAAUUGCUAGGCAAGGGCUUCAUCUGCGGCGAUGAGCGCUGGAUCAUUGGAGAGGACAAGGACGGGCGGAUCACGAUUGUGAGAUUCUGA